CAGUCCAUGACUGUAACUUAAUCUUUAAAAGUUAAAUUCAAGGUGAUUGGUACUUGUAUUCAUAAAAGUAGAGGUGAAAAAAAGGUUCAUUGUUGUAAAAGCUGUAUAAGGAGACACUUUAAAAGUGAUGUUAGUAUAAAUUAUUAUUGUUUGAAAUGAUCGUGAAAAGAAACUAUGAUAAUUUUUAUCUAUCUUUAGGCGUUGUUUAGAUAAACUAAGUAAACCUCUUUCAACUAGAUAUUCAACAAAAUGGCUACAGGUGGAGAAAUAAAUACGGAUAUUCUUGCAGAUGAACUAUUUGAAGUACUUUGUUCAAUGUGUAAAAAUCGAGGUAAAAAAUCUGAAGGUGAAAAAUUUUGUGUAGACUGUCAUGAUUAUUUCUGUAUAAAUUGUGUCACUGUUCACAGUCAAGCCCCUUUGUGUGUUGAUCACAAGGUGUUGGAUAAAUCUCAGGUUAAGUCAGGAACCAGUAAAGGUCUGCCGAAGGCACCAGCAGUAAGAUGUGACAGACACAGUCAUAAACACAUUGAUUUGUACUGUCAGAAUCAUGAUAAUGUUGGCUGUUCUACAUGUAUGGCAAUUGAUCACAGGUCAUGUACGGAUAUAUUCUAUAUACCAGAAUUAACCCAAAACAAAUCAUACCAGGUCGCUUCAAGAGAAAUUCAAACAAAGCUGAAAGCAUUAGCCAAGACCAUUGCUGUACAUACUAAUAAAUGUCAACAGGAGAAAGAGAACCUUCAGAAAAGAAAGGCAGAGUUACUAGAUGAUAUCAGAAAAUUCCGACAAGAAAUUAAUGACCAACUUGACAAGCUGAAAAAAAAUGUUCUAAAGAUGAGAUAGCAAACAAAUUCAAACUUCUUGAAGACAAGAUUGAAGAAGGUCUCAAACAGCUACAAGAGAGCAAAGCAAAGGUGAUAUCAGCUAAUGUAAAUUUAGCAUCUCCACACCCAAAUGAGGCUGAAUUGUUUGUUCAUGUGAAAGUGGGAGAAAAUGCUGAAAAUGUUGCAAACAAAUUUAUAGAAGAUACCAAAAUGAAGAUGACAGUAAGUGACAUAGAGUUUCAACCUGACAGAAAGCUCAUUCAUCAGCUGAAACAAAACAAAACAAUUGGCAUGCUGACAGAGAAAGCUACAAAUACUGCUGACAAGUUGCUUCAGAUUACAGAAGAACAAUCAUACUGUGUCAAAGUUAUGUCUGAUGAACAAAAAUGUAAUAUCUGCAGUUCCUGCUAUAUGGAAGAUGAUACAAUAAUCCUAGCUGAUUACAACAACAAUAAGCUUAAACGGUUAGAGAGUCACAAUUAUAUUAUCACAGAUUACUAUAAUUUACCUGGAGAGCAUUGGCAAACAUGUAAAAUUAAUGAAACACAAGUAGCAGUAACAUUAUUCAGCCAACAGAAAGUUCAUUACAUUUCUAUAAACAGAGAAAUGAAAACAACAAACAAGAUUAAAACUGAUUUUACCUGUUUUGGUCUUGCAUAUGCAAACAAUCAUUUAUAUAUUUCUGAUGACACAUCAGUCUAUAUCUUCACAAUGUCUGGCAAGAAACUUAAACAGUUUAGUACUGACCAGUCAGGACAGGAACUGUUCUCUAACAUAAUCAGUCUAGCUGUCAGUAAGGAUGCUACAAGGAUUUAUGUGGCUGAUGGUUAUAAAGGACUGAUAGUACUUGACAAAAAUGGUCAGAUUGUUACAACAUUUAAUGGUAAACAAUUACAGGGGGCUAAUUAUUGUCAUCUCACUGAAGCAGGUAGUGUGCUGGUUUCUGGACUUCACUCCAAUAACGUUUUACAGUUUACAUCUGAUGGUGAGCUGAUGGGAGAGGUCAUAAAAGCUGACAGUAAAAAACAAGGAAUAAACUCAGUUUGUUGCAAUCAACAAAUGUCUAAGAUGUGUAUAGGCAGAGGAGAUGAAGACAAUAUUGAAGUGUACAGUAUCUGAUUAGUCAAUAAGUAAAUAAAUAAAAAAAAACAAUAAUUUAUAAUCAUGAUAUCAAUUAAGAGUUAUUGUACUAUAAAUGUUAAACAGAAUGUUAUCAGUGUUAAUGAGAAAAUUGUUAUUGAAGGGAUUUGGUAAUUGUCAUUAAAUAUAAGAAUGACCUACAACAUUAAAUUAGACAAUCAUGAAAAAUAAUGACAUGAAGAAAUAUAUGUAAGUGAAUUUCAUACUCAAACAUGCUUUAUACAAGUCAAAGAGUGUGACUUUAUAUUAUAAAUGGACAUACAUUAUAAGUAAAUAACAUUUUGAUAUUGCAUAUUUUAUACAUGAACAUAAUUAAUAUCAUAAACAUAAAGUGGAUAACAAUUUUUUUAUAUUCUCAAAGUUUCUCUAUUUUAUAUCCUAAACAAAUUGCCCAAGUAGAUUAUAGGAAUAUGAUUUAGAUAUUGUAAUGAAGCAUUUUUUUAUAAUUCUAUAAUAUGUACCCACAUAUUUCAUUGUUCAAAGUUUUACAUUGUGCAUUGUUAAUAUCAUAUACAUGUACUAACAAAAUGCAUAUAUCUACUUUACAUGGAGUCACAUUUGUAUAAUGGCUAAUCAAUAUUCAACAUAUUUAUUUUCAUAAACAAUUUCUCCUUUCUAUGACAUUAUCUUGUUGCUAGUAUGUAAAUCAUGUUGCGGUCACAAGAAAAGUAUGGUAUAAUUGUAGAUGUUUAUAAAACGAGAUAAUUAGAAUGUUGCACAAAACAUUUAUUAAAUAAACAAAUUGUCUGAAUCAA